AUCCUCGCUUGUAGAGGCGAACAGGUAUGCCUUGACUCUAGAAAUAUCUACACCAUGAUCAAACUCAUGUGGUAUUUAUUCCGUGAGCCAUUAUUUUAACCCUUGUGGUACUUCGUAGCUGCAUAUUGUUGCACCUCACUUCUGGGCUAGAAUGAAGACUUCUGAUGACUUGUCCGGUGCCUUCGUUGGUCAUCGGGAUGAGGUGACGCACCUUAGCAGAUCCUUCCACGUCUCCGGGUCGACUUUCUUCUUGUCCGCUUCGGCAGACGGAACAGUCCGGUUAUGGGCAAAGGGCUCGAAGCGGGCUGUGCUUGCUAUCUGCGACCCGCAACUGCGCGCGGGGGACAUCACUGCUAUCGAACAUGAUUCCUUCGAUUUUUCCAGAGGGAUGCUGGCAAUCUGCGAGGACCCACACCAGGAGCGAUUAACACAUAUUGCGGAGAGCAAAGAUGACGAGUCCAGCGACCAAGACCGAGCAGUGCCAUUGACUGUUUACGUAGCUCUGUCUACUACACACGAAACGGAGGAGCUGGUCCCGGGUGCGUGCGUUACAAAAGCUGGUGCGACUGUAGCAGGAGUGGCCGAUGCCGUAGUUGCGGAAACUGCGUCAAUCAACUUCGUUGAAGGGAGCAGACAGGUCGCCCGACGACCGUCAGAAAAUGGCGUUAAUAUCCCAGGCACUCCGACGACGGUUUCGUCUGUAUCCUCGUCGAAGAGCGCCGUUUUGGUGUACCACCUUCGGGAUAUUUCCAAUAGAACACAGCCGAUGGUGAUUACUAAACCAGUGGGAUGUGGGGAUUUUUUAAUCGAAGAGGAAAUCAGCAGUAUACGGAUUGUGCCACCUACCUCGAGGAAGCGACCGCUUCCAGACAGUAAUAGAAAACUGGUGUUGGCAUGUGAUGACGGCCACGUCCUUGUCGUAGAGGACACUGUCUCGGAUGCGCACGCCUCGAUAAAUGAUGGUCAAGAUCGCGGUGAGGGCGACCGGAGCCUAAGUGAAAACCCGGAAAGGACGCUGCGACUAUGUCACGACUUCGGCACCGUACAUGCCAACAUCUGCAGUGACGCACUUCCGCUCGUCGCUGCAGACCGCAAACAGGCUGGUAGCUGGACGAUGGGGGCGAAACAAACGUCCGUACACGAAACACUCGGAAUUAUAUCCGGUGGCUACGAUCACGUGUUUGCAACUCACAGCUUGGUCUGGCCGAAGCUGAAAGAUCAAGAGGCAUACGGUGUUCCGGGGGAAUGCGUUGUCAAUGAAACUGCAGUAAGCGGUGAGGGUAGACCAGCCGAAGAUGGAGGUGGAAGGCAGCAAGACGAAUCCAUAGGAGAAGAUCUUACUGGCGUUCCGAGUUCAAGCGCGAACACGGUGGAUGCUGUCGCUGUUGUGGUUCUGUCCGCAAACGCGAAGAAGAAAGCUAGGAAGAAGAGAAAGAAAGCGGAACCGAGGAAUGCCCAGGAAGCUGAUGGAGGAGGCGUAUUGAGCGCCAACAAAAUAAGGGGACUAACGUUGGUGAGAAGGACCGUUGCUGACGUGCGUCGCGACCAGCCUGAAGAGGCGCAGAAAAUGGCUGUAAACCCGCCAUUUGUAACGCACUUUGAGUAUUUACAGUUGCCUGCUGCGGCAGUGGCCGCGAAUAGUCGGCGUGCAGCUGCUUCUUUGAUGGCCGCGGAGAGCCUCAGCGAUAUUCCAUGCGUCAAGUCAGCCCUUGGGUCCAGGCGGCAGGGGAGAGCGCGACUCGCGAAAGAUGGAGCGAGGGAAGAAACCGAACACCCGCAGGAAAACGAAAUUGCAUCCGGUGCUGGCGAGAACCCUGUACCUGCUGCGUACCAGCAUACGCUGAUAGCUGGGCUUGGGGAUGGUUCAAUUUUAGAGUUGGACUGUGAAAAGAUGCGAGGUGACGAAGAUUACGCGGUUUUGUCGCAGUUUGAAGCACAUGGUGCUGGGAUAGCGGCAUUAGCUGUGCACGGGUGCGAUAAGGUUGCUACUGCACACAAGAACUGCGUGAAGGUGUGGCUACGAGAGGGCGGUGAAGAGGCAGUGAUUCGGAAUGGGCUAGCAGAGGAACGCCGGUUAUCGUCGAGCGGAAGCGUAAGCCACCGAAGAAGAAGAAAGAAUUGUGUCCAGCAGGUGGUUCCGGCAUUUUCUUGGAGCCUGCUUGCGGAAGUGGAAAUUGCGGAGAGCAUCAAUGCUCUGCGCUUUUUAGAUGAAACACAUCUCAUAGUCGCAGAUACCUCCAAUGUGAUCCAGGUCUUCGAAAUUAUUCCCAGAACAUCAAGGUCAGAGGACGCACAUGACGAUUCGACUACUUCAGAUCCCCCUUGUUUCUUUGCGACUUCGCCUUGUACUUCGAAAGAAUAAUCGGGAAUCAUCAUAAGUAAUUUCACCAUCUCCACAUGGAUGAGCAUUUUCGUAUCCG